AUGGCCAGCGAUAAUGUGAAGUCGUCCGACCAAGAUCCAGUGGAUUGGGAGUCCUUGCAAUUGAAGCCACUGCAAGUAGAAGCGAAGCUUUCCGUGUCUGACAAGCUCAAAGUCCUGUCCGAAGUCUCCUUACUUGCAGUUUCCACGCAAUACGGGUUCGCAAUACUCGGGACUACCAAAGGUUUCGCAUAUACCACACUGAGCGGUGUGCGACAGACGCUGACGAGCUCAAAGAAGGGCACAGUCGUCCCGCUAGCAAAUGUGGUGCACGUGCCGCUUGACGAAGUUGUUGUCAACGUUAAGCUUUCUGCGGACGAGCUAUCUAUCCUGAUCUGCACUGCAAGUGGGAAGCUUCACGUCUAUGAUCCUCGUCACGUAGCUCAGAACAAAACCCAAAGCUCGAAAACCAUCUCUCUGCGCAAUGUGCUCAAUAUCCUGCCGAACCCAAGAGAGCUACCACACCUCGUGGCUGUAUUGUGUUCUGACGGCCAGGGGCAGAUUGUCGAUAUCAAAGGGUCGGCAAAGCCCGGGGAACUUUCCGCCUAUCGCAUCACAAGCAUGUGCUGGAGCAAGAAGGGAAAGCAGCUUGCAUGCGGACUGCAGGAUGGCACAAUCGUCCAAGUCACGCCGGAAGGAUCGGAGAAGAAGCGUAUUGGUGUCCCGCCGAACCUAGACUUUAGCGCCUCAGUCUCUUCCAUUCUAUGGAUCGACACCACAACGUUCGUGCUUGCCUAUUCACCGAGCAAUCCGGACGACUCCUCAAUAUCACCGCUGUACACAAUCACACAUGAAGGACCUUCGAAAAACCUCACGUACACUCAAUUAGGCGAUCCAUUUUUCCCCGAACCCGAUCGCAAAAGCUUCUAUUACAAUGAGUGUAUCAGCCCCUUGUCUGAACAGAUCCGCCACCUAAUAAUAUGCGGAAACGCUCACACUACGGAUCUCGCUUUCCUUGGUUGCGACGACACGGGGAAAUGGGCGAACUGGAUGUUGGAAGACGGGAUGGGAGUCUCGAUGCCUUUGGAUGAAAAUGAACAGAAUACAUUUGUCGUCGGCAUGGCGAUCGAUUUCACGAGCCAGGAAAGUUUACUACCGCCUACGCCUGACGAACCGCCGAUCAACCCUGUGCCUAUUCUGCUCGUUUACACAAGCCAGGGGCAUCUACUUGCCUAUCAUUGUGUGGAUGCUCAGGCGGUGAAAACCAAAUAUGUUUGUCCCUUGAUGAAGGCAGCACAACCACUUCCAGGCGGCGCAACUCCUCUCCCAGCACCUCAGUCGAUACCGUCAGCGCCUGCCCCCGUGCAGAAAAGUGCCCCUCCAAAGGCAGCUGCUCCCUUUACAGCACCCGCAGCAUCCUUUGCCGCACCAGUUGCGCCCAUUGCGGCACGUCCUGCUCCGUUCGCAGCGUCUACUCCAACUUUUGGAACGUCCACAUCUGCAGCGCCAAAGCCUUCCGUUGCCACGCCACCGCCGCCAAGAUCUCUUCCAACCGCUUCAGUAUCGCCUGUUCCAUCGUUACAAGGGGUCUUGCAAAGCAAACAGCCGGGGAUGUCAGCAUUGCCACCGUCAACCGCGACUAUAAGCACCGCAGAACCCAGGAACGAUGACACCCCGGAGAUCAUACAAAGCAAAUUUGGUGAGCUCUAUAUCUCCUUUUCGGCAGAGAUGGACAGGUUCAAGGCCCGGGUUGAUGGCAGUGCAGAGGUGGUUGCCAAGGCCAAAACUCGAGAGCGCACCUUCGACGAGUCGGACCCUGACAGCUGGACUAUGGUUGACCUCCCUUCUCUCGUGGAGAAAACGGAACAAUUGGCGAACAAAGCGCAGCAUUAUCAGGCUCAAUUAACUGACCUCAACCACAGAACCCAGGGGUUCUUGGAUAGUCUGCCACAAAUGGAUUCGUUAUUGGAGGAUUGCAGCCGGCGUAUCAGCAAACUGGGAAAGACCGACUCGGACGACAGCACCCAGGAUGUACCUCUCGGGCCUGAGGAUGGAGAAAUGAGAUUGAGCAUUCUCAAUCGCGCUCGGGUAGUAGAGAUGAGUCUGAACUCCAUAUCUGAACACCUUCGCCGCUUACAGCUCACAGCGGUGGAGACUGAACAGAGGAAGUCACUGAAACAGGCGGAUUGGACGAGCAUCUGUAGUGUAGCGAACACCGUCACGCGCGGUACCGAGACCCACCUACGAGUUCUCAGCUCGUUGAUGGAGCAGCUUCAACCAUUGCAGCCGAAGCCAGUCACGUCAUUCCUUACACCCGGGCAGAGCACUUCUUCGACAACCAGCCGUACGAAGCGAUCAGGCUUUGGCUUGGACGACGGAGAUGAGGACGAUGAGGGCUGCACGGAGCAGAAUUCGGGGCCUUCGAAUACAUCGGCUUCGUUGUCGAACGUACGACGGUGGCUCAAGUCCGCAGCACUGGCUAGUAAAGGUGAUCUGAAGAUCAACAAAGCUGCACAAGGUCGGGACGACAUGCAGUUCAAGGAUCCUGAAGCAUUCGCUAAAGCUAGGCAGGCCAUGAUUUUACCUCCUGGGAAACCGGCAACGCCGUCGAAAAGUAAGUGGGCACCUCCAAGCAGCGCACAGGAGGCCGUUUCUGUUAUCAACAAGGAGUUCAAUCUCUCUACUGAACCGGCGCCUGUUUCGCCUGCCGUGCCGAAGUUGGGUGAAAGCCGGGCAACCGAUCCUGCGAGUUCCGCAGUCCCUGUUGUAGCUGCGGAACCUCCCAAGCCGAAACCGUUUUCCUUCUCAAGCCCAGGCUUCGGCGCUGGCCAGUCGAUGUUUGGCGCCACGGCGAAUCCCGCAGUCCCAGCAGCCAAUCGCGCUGGCCCACCGUUCUCGGCGGCACCCUCUACAGUUGAGGAGAAGCCAAAGCAAGCGAGCUUUGUCAUGAGUACGCCAUUUUCUGGCUUCGCCGGUUUCACGCCUCCAUCGAAGCCUAUCGGGGCUAGUUCCGCCUUUGGAGUCCCAGGGACUGUUGAAUCUUCUGCUAAACCUACUGCAAGGAAACUUUCUUUCAGCUCGACGCCUGGAGCUACGACACGUGCGCAACGCUCUUCGUCAGUGGCGAGCUCGGAAUCUGGAUGGGAACAUGUAAAGAAGGACGAGGACGAUGUGAUUGUUGGCAGUGUUGGUUCGGAAAGCCCUGAGCAGGGGACAGCGCAAAGUACUCAGAACGCGCCGGAGUGCGUCUCGGAGCUGUCGGAAAGCGAAGAUGAGACCGAUGCCGGCGAUGGGUCGUUCAUUAAGACGGACAUUCGGGAAGAAGAUACGGGCCGGCCCCAAGGGAGCGAUGAAGGAUUGAGCGGAAGGGAGUCGGACGGCGAGGAGCGCGAAGAGGGCGAGUUCUCGCCCGAGCCGGCUGCUCCCUCGUCGCAAUUCAAUGAGUCCAGGAAUGAGGAGAUCGAAGAAAUCGAAUAUUCGGCCGAACCAGCGACGUCAUUGUCGCAAGCUGACGAGUCCGGACGGGAACCCGCUCCGCCAUACACGCUGGAAGACAACAAUGAGGAAAACGGCAGCGAGCCCUCCACACCCGAAGUGCAAGCGGCAAGUGUUAGCGAGGAUCAUUCGGAAACCAGCAAUGCAAAGGAGGAACCAGUUGAGACCACUGCCUCUGAUGGAAUAGCGGAUCACACCACUGAUGAGGCUAGUGUGCAUGGACAACAACCACCUACACCCAGCGAUGAUGAGAACGCCUUCCCUGGAGCACCUGUCAAGUCGCCUGUUAGUCCUCCUACCCCACCUACGCCCACAGAGCCAGCAGUCGCCAAUGACCCCGUAGAAAAACCGGUGACUCAAGCACAGGAAGCUGCGAGCGAACAACGCAUUGAGGAGCAGGUUGAUAGCCGCGAAUCGAACAGCGUUCCAGCGGAGGGCGUCACAAGCGACGUGCCAAAAGACGGAGCUAAUUCGCCACCGACUGAGGGAACUUCGACCGACCAGGGUGGCAACGCUGAAGAGGUUCUGAAGUCGGAUCAAGAGGACAUUGCUCCACCGGAGGAGCAGGCAGACACGAUGGAUGCCGAUACGGGGGAUAACACCGGCACAAUGGAUCUUUCCAAUACGUUUGGAUCCGCGUUUGGAUCCUUGGGUGGCCCUGGAGCGAGCGCUUUCGCGGCGAGUCCGUUCGGCCAGGUUUCUUCGUCCGCAUCACCAUUCGGUAAUCCCUCAACUCCAACACCCGCACCUGCAUCGGCCUUGUCAUUUUCGACUCCAGCGGCCCCGCCUUCGUUUGGGACUCCAGUAAGCCGACCAUUUACUGGAGCCGGUGCACCCGCUGGUGCGGGUGGACCAACCCCGGGUUUCGGUCAGUCUCCCUUUGGCGUGGCAGCCCCCGCAACACCAUUCGGCAGUCGCGUGUCGUCUAUGGCUAGCGCUGUGGGUGUUUCGUUCGGGUCCAGUUUGACACCUGGAGGCCCAUCGAGCUUUGGAAAUUCCGCUUUCGGCUCAGCCGCUGCUUCCGGACCGACAGCUAUUGCGUUCGGUUCCCCAAUCGCUGCGAUGAGCGCCAAUUUGGGCUCGCUCAGCUCAACAGCUGAGAGCAUCAAGCAAGCUGGCUCAUCUGGAGGAGGCUUCGGAUCGUAUGCAUCAAAGUCGACUGGAUUUGCUGGCUUUGCAAGCGGUGGGACACCAACGGGCUUUGGAGGAUUUGGCAGCGCCCAACCAGCGCAACCGAGUGGAUUUGGGGCCUUCGGUAGCCAGCAAGCACCUCAGCCUGCUGCUCAAGCAUUCGGCGCCCAACCAACGGCAUUCGGUAGUUCCGGCUUUGGUCAACCGGCUUCUCAGCAAGCCCCAGCUUUCGGUGGAUUCGGAGCUAGUCAGCCGCAGCAGCCAAGCUCGGGCUUUGGAGGAUUCGGAGGAAGCGCUUUCGGCGGAGCUACGCAGCAACCGCAAGCCGGUACUGUGUUUGGAGGCGCACCAGCAAUGUCGCCAUUUGGACAAGUGGCAGCGACAAACCCCCAGAGCUCUAUAUUUGGACAAGCACCCGCGCCCAACACGGGAGGCAUGUUCGGCAGUACGAGCAGCAAGCCCGAUUUCUCAAAGUUCGGUGGACAUCGCGGAUAA